AGCUAUCUGCUUCUUAAUUAUUUAUUUAUUCGAUUUCAAUCAUAUCACGUUUUAAGUUUUUUUAAACGCCAGUUUGUAGCAGUAAAUUAUGAACUCAGAAAUGAAAAUAAGAGCCGACCUACGUGGAAACUUUUUGAUACAGUACCUCAGCAUAAGCUUCGUGUUCUCUUUCUGUCAUUUUACAAGUUGAAAUAUUUCAUUCAGUUUUACUCUCCAGUCUCCCCGCCAUGAGAUAUUUGUCCGUGAAGAUGUUAAUCCUGAUCUUGGUUCUAACCACUGAUUGCAUAGUGUCAAGUAAUACUAACCAUUCCCCGUCGCCUGGAAUGUCUAUGGCACCAAAUAACGUAGGAAGAACAGAGCUUCCUUCUGAUUACGAUACUUGGUGGAAUAUUCAAGAAGGGAAGAAGAUUUAUGUUGAUAAAACCAAAUUCCUGCAUCAAUUGCAAUCUGGUCUUCGUUUCCUACGCAGACCACCUGGGUUUGGUACGAGUACGUUUUUGCAAAUGAUAGCCAGUUUUUUCAAAGGUGAACAGCACUACUUCAAUGGGACAAGUGUUCAUCAAUACGGUAACACGCGUUCAAAAAAUGGUUCGUGGAUCCGAUAUCCAGUUAUCCACAUAAACUUCGAUUCCAUUCCCGUCCAGUAUAGUAAAAAUUUAACCCAAUAUGAAAUGGUGGGUGAUAUAAAAAACCGAAUAGAAUUAAUGCUGAGGAAUAUAGCUACGAUAACUUAUGAAAUAGAUAUCCCCAAGUGGUACACCGAGAGCAGAUUUUCAUUAAGUCACCUGAUUAAUCUUCUAUAUAGAAACUGCAGCCUCCCUGUUGUCAUCUUGAUCGACGAGUACGAUAGUAUAAUCGAAAAAGUUGGAUCAAAUUUGGACGGAAAUUUCACAGAUUGUUUCCAGAAAGGUUUGGAACCGUUCUACACGCAAAUCAAAGCCGCUCACAGUAUGUACAAGGUCAAAUUGGCAUUGGUGACUGGUGUGCAUCCGUUUGAUAUCAAUACAUCGGGAUUGGGUGCAAAUAAUUUCGUGGAUAUAUCGUGGGAUUCUGAAUUCGCAACGUGUAUUGGCUUCACAAAAGAUGAAAUAGAGACCACGUUUAAAUCGGAAAUAUCCGACUUCGCGGCUCAUCUGAAAACUACACCGGAUAAUAUUACGAAUCAAUUGAAAUACUGGUAUGGCGGAUACAGUUUCUCUGCAAAGGAUACACUAAAUGAGAAGUAUAUCGUUCACAAUCCUAUCUCGGUGUUGAAUGCGUUGAAGAAUUUCAAGUUCGAUUUGUACUGGGUGAAUAAGACUGCCAACGCCGAUGUCAUUGCGAAAGAAAUGAAUUCACUUUCUUUUUAUUCCUUCGAUGAAUUCAAAAAUUACAGAUUGCGCCAUAGUUCCGAUUUGAAUCCUGGAAAUAGAUACAAUCCGAUAACGCAGGAUGGAAUUCCCCUCCCAGAAAUGAUGCUACAAAUGGGGUAUUUAAAACUCGUUUCUUAUACCUACCACCACUCAAGAGACGUGGCUGUGCUAAAUUACCCGAAUUGGGAAAUCGAAACCGGUUUGAACAGGUCGUUACAUCUUGCAUCAGCUUGUGAAAAUCCCUAGUGAUGUGAUGUGUAAAAUGAACUACAUAUAUAUUAUUUCUGUCUGCUUCUGGCGUGUUUGAUUAUGGAGAACCCUUGGACACCCAGUCACUUCUAAAUGUGCACCGGAAAACAUAUUCCCAUUUUUGGCAUAGAGCUUACACAAAUACCACCUCAACCUCCUGUAUGCUCCCCUAACCAUUAAAUCUACUUAUGUUUAAAAUUAAAUGUUCUCUUUAUGAAAUUUAUUUUUCUUUUUUUGUCAAUUCCGUUGACAAAGCAAAACACCCAAUUAGGUGAAUUUUAAGAGAAUGUGAUAAGAUUACAUCUGACAUAACUGAUGAUUGAAAACAAAUCUUCGACUUGGACCAUCCUGAGAAAGA